UGCUUAAGCUCAUCUUGAAAUUAAUGUCGAGAUUUGGAAAUGGGACUGCGUUGUGUUCGGUGAGACCCUGUUAAAGUCAUCUCGGCUGGAUCGGUUUGACUUGAUUCAAACCCGAUCGUAUCGGGCCAUUUACGCCACUACCAAAUUAAGACUUGGCGCUCCAACUCAAGUUCGUAUUGGUUGCCUCAUUUCAAAUUUUGCAAUUUAGGAAUCAACUUCAAGUUGCCGCAGCAGCCCCCAUCAUAACGGUAACUUUAUCCUUUUGCUUCUAAAGCAAAUCCUCAUAUUUUUUUUAAAGAUUAAAUCGAUGUCCAUUGAUUGCUUCAUCUCUUCUCCUGUGAUCCCGUCGUCGAGGCGAUUUGAAGGUGUUUGCGUGCGCGAUUCGAUACAUCCAUCGCCGGCGAUUGCGAUCCCUGAGACUUGGAGCUUACAUCUAUCAUUGCCCAAGGAUUCUGAAACUAAUAACCAGGAGCAGGCAUUCUGAAGCUGAUUCCUACAAGCUAUCAGAUACUACUAGAAGAUGAGAAGGUUCUUCCCACUAAGAUCCUCUACAUCUAGUAGUGGAAGUACCAAUGUUGCUGCGCCUGCACCGAGCAACAGGAAGGAAGUAAAAGCUCCAACUUAUGGUGAUGCUCAUGAUGGAUCCCAAUCUCCCAAGGAAAUUCUUAAGCCAUGCAACCGGUGUCUGGAUGAGGGUUCAUCAACGCCAUUUCUCCAAAGGAGUCUUUCAUUCUCCUCAGGCAUGGUGACUAGGUAUGGUAAAGAUGGAGACUUGGUAUUUUUGCGUGACACUGUCGAUUCACCUACCAACUCGGAGAACAAUGCAAACCACAUUUGCAAGUAUCCUAAUCACAGCCAAUUUUCAACAUCAGAAAGAUUUUCAAGAGAAAAUAGAGGCAAUUUAGCUUCCAUCCAUGAUGUAGAGUUCGAUUCUUCAGGUUCAAGAGAACAAUUUCUAGCAGAAAUUUCUCCAUGCAGUUCACCCAUUCCAUCAAGAAGCAGAGCAGAUCGCUGUAGGAGGACUCCAAGCAAAAAUGAAUUUGAUGGCUUCACAGAUGGAGAGUAUCAAAUGGGCAAAUCCAGUCAUUAUGACACUAGCUACUUUUCUGGUACUGAAUUCGAUAACUGUUUGGUGGACAAAAAUAUGCUCCCAAGUCUAGGAAAGCUGCCAAGAUUUCAACACCUGAGAUCAUCUGUACUCUCAUAUGAUAAAGACAACAGGAGGAGCUACUCGUUCUGGGAGACGAAUCAUGUGCACCAUCAUUCUACUCGAGCUUGGACAAAUGAUGAUUUUAAGCUACCUGCCCCUUCUAGGCAGACCAGAAAUGCUGAGAAAAUGUGCCAUGCAUUAUCUUCAAAAUUUCUUAAACCACAAGAUCAUGAUUCUAGAACAACUAUUACAAUAGAGGAGGCGCACGAUGAGAUGUCGCAACCAUCAUUGUCUUCAAACUGUUUUUCUGAAUUGCAUGUUCCUGAAAAUGCUUCCUUUGAGGAUGCAAAGGACUCUUGCACAGAUGCUAAGCUUAUUGACAUGAUUAAUGACAACCCACAGGAAGACACCACAGAUGAGGAAUUACAAAUGAAAGUGAAAAGGUUGGAAGAGAAGCUUAUGCUUCUUUCAGAUGAAACUCCUGAAAUGCUGAUUUAUCGGGAAGAGAACUCAAACUUAACGACUAUGCUUCAAAUAAUUCAUAAUAUCAAUGAAGAGAGAAAGUGCUUGACACUUGAGCUUUCAUCACAAAUCAAAUCUAGGCUUUCUGAGAGACAUUCUGCAGAAGAAAGAUUUAAACAGUGGAAAACAGAAUUGGGCACUAGGACAAGGCGGCUUGAGAAAGAGAAGAUUGAUAUACAGUCAAGUCUGGAGAAAGAAUUAGACCAAAGGGAAAACGAAUGGUCACUGAAGUAUGCAAAACUUCAAUCCGAAGAACAGAGGCUAAGGGAUCAUGUUAGAGAACUUGCUGAGCAGAAUGUGUCACUUCAAAGAGAAAUUUCUCUAGUCAAGACCAACGAAAUAGACACUCAGUGUAGGAUAAUGAACUCAGAGAGGCAAGUCAGCGAACUGACUGCUAGUUUGGAAGACAUGAGAAUAGGGAACACUGGCCUUCAUCAGUCCUUGUCUGAGUUGCAGGACAAACAAAGAGGAACCGAAGAGGAUCUUGAUCAUCUGAGGAGAUGCAGCAAGGAAAAGGAUGAGGAGAAUAAGGAGUUGCAAAAAGCAAUUAUAAAGCUGCAAAGAAUAUGCAGUGGACAAGAGAGAACAAUUGGUGGGUUGAGACAAGGACUUGAUGAUGAGUUAGGUAAGAAGACAAUAGAAAAUGGUGGUGAAAUGGUUAAGUUGAAAAUGGAACAAUUGCGAUUAACUGGAGUUGAGCAGAUGCUGAGGAAAGAAAUCGAAUCCCACAGGCUUGAAAUGGAAUCUAUUAGACAUGAAAACAUUUCCCUGUUAAAUCGUCUUCAGAUUACUGAUAAUUGUUAUGGCUACUCAUUUUUCAAAUUUGACCAAGAACUCCAUUCCCGAGUAGCAACUUUGCAGGCUCAUGGACUUUCAUUACUUGACAACAGUAGCUGUUUCUUUAGUGAACUGUUAGAAUUCAUAAAAUGCAAGAGGUAUGAUGAAGUAGCUAGCAUUAAUCUUGAGAGAAUUCCAGUUGAUGAUUACAUUCUGAAGUAUCAUAGUUUAAAGAGAGGUAUUGAGAACUUGAGAAGAAACUUACAAGCAACAAUGGUGGCAUUAGAUGACAAGUCGAAUCUUGAAGAAUCACAGAGGCAGACUAUGGAAGAAAGUAAAAUGAGGCAAUUGAAAAGUCAUGUCACAGAGGAUGAAAUGGUGUUAAACUUGAGGGCAGAAGCCAUACUAUCAAGAGUAUUGAAAGAGAAUCUGUUGUCUCGAGAACUGGAAUAUGAACAACUACAAGCUGAUUUUGCAAGUUCUAUAAGAGCUAGUGAUGUCCUGCGAAAUGCUAAUCAGAGGCUACAGGAUGAAGUUGCUUGUAUUUCCCACAAGAUGAAGGAUUUGGAGCUUCAGAUGCUAAAGAAGGAUGAGACAGUCACAAGGUUGCACCAGGAGCUUCAGACUUCCAUGAAAGACCUUAAUGUUGUUCAAAGCAUGCUACAAAAUGUGUCCACUGAAAAGGAUGAAUUGUGGGAGGAAGUGAAGCGGUUGAGAAAGAUGAAUUCGGAUUUGGAGAAUGAGAUUAGCUGUUUCAGGAAGAAGAUUGAGAGCCUUGACGAAGACAUACUACUUAAAGAGGGGCAAAUUAGCAUUCUGAGAGACAGCAUAGAAAAACCGUACGACACCAUAUACGGUGUGAAAGGAAUGAAAGAAUUCAUCUUGGAAUGAUCUGCUCAAGAGUAUAUAAGUAUGUUCUUCAUGAUCUUUUUUUAGAUGCAGUUUUGUGUAUCUUUUUUUGAGAUACACUAUUAUCUUUCCCGACAAUUGGAUUUUCUUGAAUCAUUAAUGAAUUAGGAUAAGCUCGAUCA